AUGAAAGUAUGUUUAGUGUUACUAUUUAUUAUUUGGCUUUUGGGAACCCCAAUCUGUGAAGGUAGUGUGGAAACCCCAUCGAUUCGUGGGUCCCAUUAUACUGGAUGGAAUACUGUUAGUCAAGAGUGCCUAACAUCUUCAGAAGCCGAUGCCUCCUUUUGCCAAUCCUUAUCGAAUGGAGUUUAUAAAUAUCCCUAUGACUGCAGCGCUUAUGUAUCAUGUAAUAAUUCAUGCGCUGAUUUGGAGUACUGCCCUGGUGGUAAACUUUUCAACAGUCCUCUCGAUAUUUGCGAUACACCCGAAGCUGUCGUUUGCGAUCCAUUGCCAUAUCCAAUACCUCCAUCUACCGAAGUACCAUCGGAAAAUCCUUGUGAGGGUACACAAAACAACACUUUACUGCCCUCGGCUGAAAAUUGUAAUGAGUUCUUCGUGUGCGUGAAUCAGCAAACUGAGCUUUAUCACUGUCCCGACGAUAUGCUUUUCAAUCCCGAUUGGAAAAUUUGUGAUGAUAAGGAUAAUGUGCGGUGCUAUGGUGACCGUACUACCCAAGAUCCGUUGGAUAACACACCGACUACUGAGGAGUCUUUUACGAAGUGCGAGGGUCAAAGGCAAGGAACUUCCUUUCCGGAUACUCAAAACUGCCAGCAAUACUACUACUGCUGGGGUAAUAACUCUUACAUAAUCCUACCCUGCCCCGUUGACAAUUGGUUUAAUCCGAUGAGCGGUAAUUGCGGUCCCAAUAUUUCACCAGAAGCUUGCCGGGCAGUUCUACCAACCACAACUCCUGCUAUUACUACAUCACUUUCAACUACAGUUGCACCGACAUCAAAGGAAGAUAAUGAGAAAAAUCCCUGCGAAGAUCAAGAACUCGGUACCAGCUUUCCAUUGAAAUCCGACUGCCAGUCGUACCUUUUGUGCCUCAAUAAUGGUCAAUCGACGACUGCAAGGUGUCCAACAAAUGCCUGGUUCGAUCCAAAAACGGGGGAUUGUGGUCCAAAUGUUUCUCCCACCGCUUGUCUUGAAUCCAUUGCAACUACCACGAAUGCACCCACAACCGAGGAUUCGAAUGAUCCGUGUGCGGAUAAAGAAUUGGGAGUCUCAUACCCUCUGGCGACAAACUGCCAGCAAUAUAUUCUGUGCAUGGGAAAUGGAGAGUCCAACGUGGCCAAUUGCAUUUAUAACGCCUGGUUUGAUCCCAAAACCGGUAAUUGUGGCCCUGAUGUGUCUCCGACAGCGUGUAAGGAAACUGUAGUUUCCACCGAUUCCCCCACAACUCAAGCCACCUCUCCUCUCACAACACCUUCGUCCACCUGGCAUACAACUUUAUCUACGCCUAAUCCUGAUGAAAUAACCACCUUCCCUCCGGAUAUUUCAGGUAUCUGCUCUGGACAGAGUGAUGGCUAUUAUGCCAAGUAUCCGGAGGACUGCAGCAAAUACAUAGUGUGUGCAAGUCCAGUUCCUAUAGCAUUUUACUGUCAGGAGAACUUGUUCUUCAAUGAGGCUCUUCAGAAAUGCGUAGAAUGGGAAUCGAGUGAUUGUCCAAAUGGGGAGACUACUACUUCAUCGCCAGAACUUCCAACAGCAAGCCCAGAUUCUUCAAUAUGCUUUAAUAACACUGGAAAUAAUUUGCCGUACCAAGAAAAUUGCCAAUGGUUUAUAAGCUGCACAGAUGACUCCUCCUACAUGAUGGGUAUUUGUACCAGUGAGGAGUUUUUCGAUCCGUUGACUAGUGAAUGUGGCCCAAACGUCUCACCGGAAGCUUGUCGGGAAAUCUACACCACUUUGGUUACGGAGACCACGGAAUUCUUAUCAACGAUGACAACCCAAAGUACCCAAAGUACUCCAGGUCCGGUAACAGAUCCUUGUGAAGGAGCCCCUGAUGGAAAGUUAGUUCCCUAUCCUGACGACUGCACCAAGUUUUUACAAUGUGUCCAACCCAACCCAAUUGUCUAUAACUGUCGCGAAGGUCAGGAGUUCAGUGCCUCUUUGGAAAGAUGUAUGGCCCCGUGGUUUGCAAAUUGUUCUAUUCCAGCUACAACUACCCCUACUAUUCCUAUAACAACAACAACAACCAUAUCACCAUCAACGGACAGCUUCUGUACGGAUAAAGCUGAAGGAUCAGUGGUCCCCUAUCCCAGAAACUGCAGCAAGUACAUAGUCUGUCAGUAUCCCAUCCCGGUGGGUUACGCCUGUCCGGAGGGCGAGGAGUUCAAUCCUACGGUUUUGACCUGUAUGGAUCCUCAGUUGGCGGGAUGCAAUGCCUUCCGCCUUUUUCCAUAAUUUGUCAACAAAGCUGAUUCCCAGGACUCAAGCUCUUCUCUUUGGCAGUCUCUUAAAACGAUUGCAAGCUUUUUUGUAGAUUUUUAA